AUGUCACCUAUCGCAGUACUGGUCCUUGCGGUAUUGAGGGCAACCGGCAUGAUAUCAGAUCCCCUCCUCCGCCCUCACAACUCGAAUAUCACGAAUUUCGAGCUCACAAGUGGCUGUAGAACUAGCCAUGAAUGUUCCAAAUUAUAUAGCGUCUCAGAACACAGUCUCUACAAUAUGACCGGCUUCGCUGAACUGGAGGUCAUACUAGUUAUCAACGCGACCCCCACGCUCGAUGUCGCUCCCGGGGAGCAACUUGUUCCAGACCAGACUGUGUAUGAUCCAACGAUCGAACCUGGGACUGGUAUCAUCUUCGAAACCAUCCAGGAUAUCCCUGGCCACCUCAACUCUCUCACUUUAGGCCUUGUCAUGGGACUGGUCCACACUCUACUGCUCAUGGUGUACUACACCAUUUUCAAACAUCUCGAAAUAUUCAUGCUCGAAAAAGCCGUUUCCGAACACCCAUAUGCGAUUUACCCCUGGCUAUCUCUAGCCCUGCUCACUCUCCUGGAGCCAUUCCUGACAUUCGUUUGGGACUACCUUCAUCAAGAGUUCCAUGAUUCCCACGAAGCAGUCAUGAAGAGGCUGGGGAGGUGCGAAGCCAAGGCUUGGGGCCAGACUAUAUUGAUCAAGGCCCUUGGUGAAGCCAAAGAUCGCUUCAAUCUCGCUUUGGAGGCUCUCACUGCAUCACUUGAAGACGCAAAGACUCAGAUCUCGGGAAUCGAGGAGCGAGUACUUGGUAUCUUUGGAACUGUCAAUCAACAAGAUGAGGACAUGAAGAAGAUUGCACGGAGCUUUGAGAAUAUGGUGCGCGACCAGCACUCACUUCGGGAACACGUCGGCGAUCUUUCCACAAAUCUCUACAGGGAACACGCCGAACUGGGUUCUUGCUUGAAUCGCUUUGUCCAAGCCUAUGGUAGCAACGGCAUAACCCUCAGCCACCGUUUCGACUGCCUAGAACACAAGGUCGAUGCUUUGGAGCGCGAGAAAGCCACCCAGGCCGCUGAGAUCGAAACCCUCAAGAGCGCUCUGAGCAAGGCGGAUGAGGAAAGGGCGGCCAUGAUCACAUUCUACCGGAAACAAAAGUUUAACAACUUGGCCACGAACGAGUACUACCAGAGAGCCAUUGCAGAAGCACCGGAAGAUCAACUAGCGCCGGCAUUCACCGCAUAUAUGACAGCCAUGCAUUCACAAAUGAAUGCUACGCUCCAAGGGGUGUAUCGCACUGCUGGUGGUCAUCCACACACGCCCCAACCACAUAUGCCUCAGGCCAGACAACAAAACAAUGGCUACGGCAUGCCUGAAAAUGGAUCUCCCGGUUAUGGCUUCCCUGGGCUGGGCUCUUCUCGAUAUGGUCCCGCCGGUGGCUUCCCUUUCAACCAGAGGAAGUGA